UUGUUAUUGACUCAUCACCCUCUCAACCCUAAGUAAUCUCUCUAGAUCAUCAUCAUCAUCAUCACCAUCAUCAAUCAUCAUCAUCAUCAUCCUCGCCAUAUAUAUUAUCAUCAUCAUUACACUCUACCAUCAUGUCGUCAUCCUCAAACAAAAACUGGCCAAGCAUGUUCAAAUCCAAACCUUGCAACAAUAAUCAUCACCAACAUGACAUCGAUUCUCCAUCUUACAUGCACUACUCUAAUUGCAACACCUCUUCUUCAUUCUCCUCAGAUCGUGUACCGGAUCCUAAACCUAGGUGGAACCCUAAACCGGAACAGAUUAGGAUCCUAGAGUCAAUCUUCAACUCUGGUAUUGUUAACCCACCGAGAGAAGAGAUCCAAAGGAUCCGGAUCCGGCUUCAAGAGUACGGUCAGAUCGGUGAUGCUAACGUGUUCUACUGGUUUCAAAACCGGAAGUCUCGGGCAAAACACAAGCUUCGUGUUCAUCACAAGAGCCCUAAAAUGUCAAAGAAGGACAAGAUCAUUAGUCCUGGUAUUGAUGCUGAUCAUUGUUUUGGUUUGGUUAACCAAGAAACCGGUUUAUUUCCGGUUCAAAACAAUGAGAUGGUGGUAACCGAACCUGCCGGUUAUCAUCUAUCCCCGGUUCAAAAUUAUCCGAGUCCGGUUCAAUCAGGGUUUGGUUUUGGUGAUUUUGUUGCACCGGUGGUAAUGGACAAAGAUGUAGCAUUCCCCACCGUUAAUAACGGCUUGGAGAAUGUUGAAAGCUUGGAUAAGACUCCGGCGAUCAAUUUUUACGGUGGAGAUGGAAAUCACGGCGGUGAAAAUUAUUUUACUCAAGUUCCAUUGACCACAAAUCUAUCUCAAGAACGAGCUGUGGUAUUACAUGGUGCUGGUGAAGACGUCGAAGAUUCUGUCACUCCAGAGAAAUUGACUGUGUUUAUUAACGACAUGUUGUUCGAAGUAGCUGCGGGAUUAUUCAACGUUAAGCAAGCUUUUGGAAAUAAUGCUAUUUUGAUCAACUCUUUUGGCCAUCCGGUUCUUACUGAUGAAAAUGGUGUUACUUUUCAAUCUCUCCAAAAUGGUGCUGUUUAUUAUCUUAUUUAGAAGAUAAUGAGUGUUAUCGUUUUAUGGAUAGAUAUAUUAAUCUAAUAAAGUAUUGAUGUAUUUUUAGCUAUUAAUUACAUACAAUUCUUGUUUCUUAUCUUUAAAAUUUUAUUCAAAUUUACAGAAUCUUUACAUUUUCAA